AUGUGUGAGGUGGAGGUGGGUGCUGCCUCCCUCUCCCAGCCCUCACAACCUGCUUCUCCCCGCUCAGGGUUAAAGGUGGUCUUAUAUCGCCGAGUUGCAGGAACAUCCGACCUUCAUCAGCCUCCAUCAUGAGCUCCAACGAUGAGCUGGCGUGUGUGUAUGCUGCACUCAUCCUCCUGGACGAUGAUCUCACCGUCACGGCAGAGAAGAUAAAUUCCAUCCUGAAGGCUGCUAAUGUCAACGUUGAACCAUACUGGCCUGGCAUGUUCGCCAAGGCAUCACAGGGUCUAGACCUCCGCUCAAUUGCUAACAGUGUUGGUGUCGGUGGAGGCGGCGGUGCCCCCGUGGCUGCUGGUACUCGCAGUGCUCCUGCUGCUGUAGACACAGCCCCUGCUGCCGAGGCAAAGAAGGAAGAGGCACCACAGUCUGAAGAGUCUGAUGAUGACAUGGGUUUCAGUCUCUUCGGCUAAAUCUAAUACCACAUUUUGUAAUUCCAAAAUAAACCAGGAAGUGUUA